AUGGCCGACGCAGACGCACAGAACCAGGCAAUUGCUGCACCGCCCAAGAAGCGCAUGGUCAAGCGCAAGCCGGCGAGGAAGCAGGUCGAGCCGGGCCAGAUCGAGAAGAGGGAGGCUCCGCAGACGGGACAGACGUACAACUUGUGGUACCACAAGUGGGCCGGAGGAGACAAGUAUGACAGCAUGGGUGUACAGGAGAAGGCGCAGACGAGGGUCAACGUCAAGCAGGACGCGGGAUACACCCGCGCCGAUGCGAGCGGCCAGAAGUAUAUCUGCCUCUACUUCGCUCGCGGAUGCUGUCCCUACGGCCACGAAUGUUCGUACCUCCACCGCCUCCCUCCGAAAGCCCACGUCCUGCCCGACGCCUCUCUCGACGUCUUCGGCCGCGAGAAGCACUCACAGUACCGCGACGACAUGGGCGGUGUCGGCUCGUUCAAUAGGCAGAACAGGACGCUGUACAUUGGAAGGAUCAAGGAGACGAGGGAUACGGCGGAGAUUAUCGAGGAGCACUUCAGCGAGUUUGGCGAGAUCGAGCGAAUCCGGGUCCUGACGAACCGAGGCGUCGCCUUUGUCACCUACACGACCGAGCUGAACGCGCAGUUUGCGAAGGAAGCGAUGAUGCACCAGUCGCUCGACAACGAGGAGAUCCUGAACGUCCGAUGGGCGACGGAGGACCCGAACCCGCAAGCGAAGAAGCAAGAGCACGAGCGGCUGAUAAAGGAGGGUGAAAAGGGCAUCGCCAAGGCGCUCGACCCGGAGUUCGUCCAGCGUGUUCGCGAGCUCGACGAGUUGGAAGGCCGAGUUGGGCCGCGCGAGAUUGAGGCGCCUGAGGAGGAAGCUGAGGAGGAGGAUGACGACGGACGACAGAAGAAGCGCGCGAGGAUCGAGCCGCCUCCUGCGGCGACGUUGGCGGAAGAGCAGGCGCACAACCAGAACCAUGUCCCGCCCGCUCCUGCGCCCGCACCAGCACCUUCACGGUCCUCCGGCAUCCUCUCGGCGAACGCGGUCGACAGCUUGAAGGUUUUGGCACAGUUGAGGGAGAAGAAGGGCCAGGAGGUCGUCGAGGUCAAGAAGCCGGCCGCGGCGGUUGGCGGGCUGAGCAGUCUUGCGGCGUAUGGGUCGGACGACGAGUCGGACUAG